AUGAACGUCGCUAUAACGGACCUGAUCUGCUCUGCCGCAUUAGGAUUUGUCAUGUCACGGUAUUUUAUUGAUCAGUAUGAAAAAAAAUCAAUAACUUUCAGAGUUGUUAUGAUUGGCGACAACCUGGCGUAUAUUUUUCAUGGCCCUUGCAAAUAUUUCGGUAACCUAACCUGCUUUUAUGGUAGCUUAUAAGUCAAAACCUCUUUAUUUAUAGCUUUUUUCAGGCCACGCCAUCAUGCUCCACGGAAUGGCUCAUUGUAUGAUGCUUACCGUAAUCUCCUUCGGCUAUCGUCUUUUCGUGCUGAGACACCCAUCGCCGACUAAGAAGAUGCUUUGGCUCACCAUAGCACUGUUUUACUUGCCCAGUUUUGCCAUGUUUGUAAGUUUUCUCGACCUCUUGGAAGUUCAAACAUAGAAACGUUGAAAUUUUUCAGUUAACCUUCAUCUCUGCUCUCGAAACAGACCCGAAGGUGAUUGAAGCUUUGAAAGAACAAAGGAAUAACGUUGAUUGGAAUAUCGUGCCUCAUGUCUUCUUACAGUCUUUUUUCACGAUUUCCAAUGGAGGUUUUGAAAAAUCCGAGACUUUUCCGAUUCCGAAAGUUACAGGAAGUGCAACAUAUCUGUUCCUCGUCGCGAUGGUCGGAUGUUUUGCGGUGAUAAUAAUGAGACGGAAAGCGCAUUUGAUUCUACAAAGAGUUGACAACUCUUUGAGUUCAAGUACAAAACGGGUUCACAAGACUUUGAUGAAGGUAAAAAAAAAUGAUGAUAAGAUGAUGAUUAAUACUCCCAGGCUCUCGCAAUACAAGCCUCACUUCCUUUUCUCAUGUACAUUGCCGACCUCAUCUUCACCGCCAUGCACUUCUUUCACAUCCAACAUUCAGCGGUGGAAAACUCAGUGUUUCUGCUUUUAAUGUUCCCGCCGGCCUUGUCACCAAUACUGUCUAUUUACUACGUUCAACCCUAUCGGUUUGUCAAAUUGAAAGAUCUGAAAUGAAAUAAAGAUGUGUUCAGAAUCGGAUUGAAAGAAUGGGUGACAAAGGUGAAAAAACAGAAGGUUCAAACUAUAAAUACUGUCAGUACCACGAGGCCGAGUAUCAGCAGGAGCCUCGCGAACUCCGAUCAUUGGAAUUGA